AUGACCAACACCAAUGGCAAUCAAAUACCACAUGGCACCUGGCGCCAACUUAAUGCUGGUUGCUGGACGAGAGAGUGCGUCGGAGGCGAGCAGGCUGUUUCGUACAAUCAAAACGUACGCGACGGCCAUACCGAACUGACAAUCGAGGUCCUCUUCAGCACCAGCCUCUCGACAUGGGAGCUAAUACGUCGGGUUCGCAACGCCUGGCUCGUCUCACACUCGAUGCAUCCAGAAAUCGCCAUCCAAUUGUCAACCGGGACAGAACUUCCGCAGAUGAUGCAGUUUGAGCAGCUUCAAUCCGAUGCCGAUGCUGCCGAGUGGUUAAAAGAGACUUUGCGCAUCGUCACCGACCAAAGCACACGCGAGGUGACCACCACUACGUACAGUCGGCGGCUACCGACUAAGGGGAAACGAAAUAUGCUCUAUCUCGUCACGGCACCUGCUGCUGAUUGCGAGAAUCCCACUCGGCACUCUCUUGUCUGGAAUGUGAGCCACAUUUUCGCAGAUGCCUUCAGCAUCGUGCAAUUUGUCAACCACUUCCUCCAGACCGUCACUCAAGUCGACGACGACUAUUUGACUGUGGACCACCUCGAUUACGCGGGCGUUCUUGGCCGUUUACCGGUUACGCCUGUCACAGUCUACGAAGAAAAGUACAAGCCGACCAAGGAGCAAAGGCAACAAGCCUUGGAUGAAGCUAUCCGUCAAGGCGAGUUGUACGCCUCCAAGAUGCCCCAAUCCAUUGCCAUGUACCCAGAAACGGACGUGACCAGUCGUGUACAUGCAACCCACUGCAUUCGAUUGAAGUACACGCUUGCGGAAUCCGAGGCUCUCUUGGCCCAGCUCCGCGACGAUAAUCUGAGCAUCACGUAUGCUGCCGCGGCUGCAACACUCUUGGCCGUCAAACAAACGUAUACCCGUGGUCACGAAACGGGGGCGCUUCUCGGAAUGACGCGAAACGCUCGAAGAUGGAUUGAUACACUUGGUCACCAUGGAAAGGGUGGCCCGGUUCCCAGUGCCGCCGAUGUUGUCUUUCUUUGGAUUCCAUUCGAGACACACUGGUUCCAGGGCUCGACGCGCAACACUGUUCUCUUCCUAGGUCGUGCAAUUCGAACAGAACUCGGGCCGCAUCUGGUCUCGCCGCAUUAUCUCGCUAGCCUCUCCUUCACAUCGGACCGGGUCGUGGCCAACCUGGCGAGUGAAAAAGAGCCCAUUGCUGCCCCCUGUGCUCCCGGCUUCUCCUCUCAGGGUGCUCUCGCUCUCAAGCGCGAAUUCUGCUCUGACACAGCCUCCAUUAAGAUCCAGGAAUUUUCACACACGGGCCGGCAAAUCAAUGUCUCACCUUGGGUCGGGAUGUUUUCUCUUUGGAACCAGAUCACAUUAUCCCUGGGUUUUGACAGCAAAUACUACGAUCCCAUUGCCAUGGAUUCCUUCAUGGCUUUGGUUCAGUCCAACCUCAGAUCAGUCAUUUCUCCCCCGGGCUCUUCCAAAUUGUAA